AUUUUAACUGAGAAUAAUCUGAGAAAAAGUAUUUAUAUACCACACUAAUUAUUCCUAACACUGUCCAACAACAAAAAAUAAAGGAUUUUUCAUGUUCCGGUAUUUGUUUUAAGAUUGUUUAAUUUGUUUUAGAAACUGAUUUCUACUUCAAGUGAUUUUUCUAUCGAAAUUUCUGACUGCAUUCUGAGUGUUAAUAACUGGCUUGUUGCUUAAUAUUCAGCUCAUCUUUACUAUUUAUAUUUUUACUUCACAAAAAUCCCAGAAUAAUGUGUCGUUAGAAAUGAAGGAAUCUGGUGGGUUUCAGUAUAUUGAUCGUGAUCGGUUACUUUUGGCUGUUCAAAUAGCAAAACGGGAUGCUAGAUGUUUAUCAUCUAGUAAAAUUGAAGACGAUGAAUACAUUCUUGAAACAGCUCAAAAUUUCAACAACAGUUCCCUUUUGUCUUCAGUUGACAAUCGUCCUGUCCGAAAACCAACUCAAGUUAUUAGAAGUACUGAUCAGAAGUAUAAAUCAAUUUUGAGUAAACCUAGAAUACUUCCCUCAAGAAAUGACUUCUAUCAGACUACACGCAAACUCGCAACUAAUGCGCAUUAUCAAACAUUUGACGACAAGGCACCAGCUUGUAGUGAUUCUCCUCCAAUACGGGAUACAGAUACCUGGACUCCGAAUCGUAAACGUGCUCUUCAUGAACCAACUGAAAAGCAGCUCAGAAAUUCACAGGAAUCUAGAAUACGUCAACUACAAGCCAAGUUAUCUCAAUAUUCAGAUGCAUUAGAAGAACUUCGGGCAAAGUGUUUGUCAAAUAAAGCUCAAUCUCAAGAAUUAGGAUCAACUUGUAAAGUACAGAAAAAGUCACUUUUAAAAAUCCCUGCAAAUCAUUCAAAAUCAGUAAUCUCAUCUAUUAUACGUCCGAAAUCAUCAGCUUUACGUUCUCACUUAGUUUGUAGACCGAAUACACGAAAUUCUAGUAAAAUAAUAAAAUCUCAUUCAUUUAGUGGUGUCAACUUAACUCAUGAUAAUUGUCCAAUGUCUCCAACGUCCAUUUCAACCAAUGCUAGAGAUCAUUAUGAUUCAAAAGUAUCUUCACUUUGGGAGCAAGCUAUUAAUUCACUGAACUUAGAUGGAUCUAGUGCUGUUACUUGUCAACCUGGAGAAUAUCUAAAGGUAAUAAAAACCCGCUUUUAUACAUUUAUCCUUCGAACUAUAUUUAUUCAUUUAAAGUUUGGGCUCCAUACUGUGUUUGGUAAGAAUGCUCGUUAUUAAAUUUAAGUUUAUUUGUUUUUGUUUGGAAAUGUUUAUUUUAACUGAAAAAAUAUAUAGAACAAGAUUCAUACGUUGACCAAUGGGGGUUUAUCAAUAAAUAGGAAUACGCGAUAUAGAAUAUGAGUUUGUUGUAAGCGGAUUAUUUAAAAUAUCUCUGAUUCCAAUCUGAAAUAAGGGGCUAAGCAGUGUCUUAAUCGGAUAUGCUAUUCCGACACAAUAAUUUUUUUGUCAUGGCACAUAGUUACCCAAUUUUUAACCCUGUUUUCUGUUUCUAUUUACUGAGCCAUUUUUUACCAAUCAGAACCAGAGUCCAGUGAAAUCCUUGUGUACACUUACUGAUGACCAACACAUUCAGAACUCAUCUAACCAGCUUACCAUCAACGCGAUAAAAUCAAAUCUUGAUGAUUGUCGCGUACUUUGUUCUGCUGCUCAAGAACUUUUAAAACAAAUUGAUGAAGCUGAAUUAGAAGAGAAUGCUAUUCGUCAGCGAUGGGCUAAUAAAUUAACUUAUAUUCAUGAUGACAGAAGAUUGCUGAAUAAUUUUCCUCUUAUCAAGAAAGAUGAUUCAGUAUGCAAAAAUUAUAAAUCAGAUGUGCUUUCAUUAUCACAAUUUCAACAAAAUGACAAGUCAAUUAUCCGUCAUGAUACUUCAGCGUUUCAAUUUUCAAAAAAUGAAGCUUACUCGAAGGUGAAAUCAGAUUGUAAUCACGUUGAUAAGAAAUCCAGUCCUCUUGCUCACUUUCAUCCACUUAUUCUUCCGGUUAAAUUACAUCGCCAGUUAUUGCAAUCGAAAAUCAGACGAGAUGUACACGCUAAAAACAUUUGGUUUUAUUUACUUCCUACAACAACUUUUAAGAACUUGCCAGAUAUUCCCGUUAUUCGUGUCUGUGAAGACCUUACCAAUGAUUUAAUUCAAGAAGCAGUUGAUGAACUAUAUCAGACUAUUGAUCGUGCAGCUUCUGAAUUAGUCGAUGAAUUAAUUAAAGCGGAACUUUUUCCGGAAGCACCUGAUAUAACCUUAUCAUUUGAUAAGUGUGAUGAUGAUCCACAUGGUUUGUCUACUCCUGCAUUGUUUCAUCAAUCAGAUUUAAUAGCCCAUGAGUUCGAUGCUCCGGUGGUGUAUAGAAACUGUAGUGAAAACCAAACGACCUCUAAUGUUACAUCGAUACUUGAAAUUGAACAUGAACCUAGUAUUUCUAAUGACGAAUCAGUAAAUAGAAUGUCAAAUCCUGAACAUACUUGUAGUAUUAGUGAAGAUAUCAGCGAAAAAUAUACUUCAGAAUUCGAAGAUGAUACUGUUUCUUAAUUAUAAAAUUUUAGGUACAUUGAAGUGGCUUUAAAAUAUGUUCCCCAAGGACUGUAUUUCUCAUUACUUGAAAUUAUAUACAAUUUCCUCUUUUAUGCUAAUAAAAAAUACAUUUCCUUUUUAUAUCCA